CAUACCAAUUCUCCCCUACCUUUCAUCAGAUUAGCAUAUUUCUUUUUCUUUUAUUCUUUUCUCUUACAAAACAAGAUACAAAUGGAUGGACAAACUAGACAAGUAGUCGUCCUAUAUUUCAUAACCAUUUUCUCUUUAUUCUCACGUUACAACUCCUUGGAAAAGGACCCCCCUCCUCCCUCUUAUAAUUACUUUGAAGACCUUGUAUCUGCUGGAUAUGAUCCACAAGCCUACCCUUCGUAUUUCACCACCACCAUUGAUGAUGGGCACUUUAAGGAUUUGAUCUCACAAAGGACUCAAGUUAUUAGCCAGCUCCAGAAGUUAGGUGUCACAUCAGCACCAUCAACUAAAACAGUUAAUGUCAAUGAUUUUGGAGCCACCGGUGAUGCCACUCAAGACACUCAGGCAUUUGAGAAGGCUUGGGAAGAAGCUUGUUCGUCCAAGGGUGAAGUUGUGCUUGAGGUGCCUCAAGGACAACGCUAUCAACUCAAGCCUAUUAGAUUUUCAGGUCCCUGCAAUUCCAAUCUUACAAUCCAGAUAUAUGGAAGCAUGGAAGCAUCUGAUGAUAUGUCAGACUACAAGGAAGAUACAAAGCACUGGCUUAUCUUUGAUAGUAUUAAUAAUCUGUUAAUUGAAGGUGGUGGAACUGGAAAUAUUAAUGGUAAUGGGAAGAUAUGGUGGCAAAACUCUUGCAAAAUCAAUAAAACUCUUCCAUGCAAGGAUGCACCAACGGCUCUCACCUUCUACCAUAGCAAAAACUUGAAAGUUCAAAACUUGAACAUCCAAGAUGCACAACAAAUUCAUGUUUCUUUUGAAAAAUGCAACGGUGUUCAAGCUUCUGGUCUUACGGUGGCAGCCCCAGAGAGCAGCCCCAACACCGAUGGGAUUCAUGUCACUCGUACUCAAAACAUAUGGAUCACAAAUUCUGUAAUAGGAACAGGUGACGAUUGUAUCUCCAUUGUAAGUGGAUCCAAAAAUGUGCAAGCCAUGGACAUAACUUGUGGCCCUGGUCAUGGAAUCAGUAUUGGGAGCUUGGGAUCUAAAAGUUCAAAGGCUUAUGUCUCGGGUGUGACUGUGGAUGGAGCUAAGCUUUCUGGAACCACAAAUGGUGUGAGGAUCAAGACAUGGCAGGGCGGGUCAGGAAGUGCAAGCAACAUCUUAUUCCAGAACAUUGAAAUGAAUAACGUCAGCAACCCCAUCAUCAUAGACCAAAACUAUUGUGACCAAGAUAAACCAUGCAAAGAACAGAGCUCUGCAGUUCAAGUGAAAGAUGUGGUGUAUAAGAACAUCAAUGGGACUAGUGCUUCUGAAGUAGCAAUCAAAUUUGAUUGCAGCAAGACUCAUCCUUGCCAAGAAAUUUUGCUGCAAAAUGUUAAGUUACAGGAACAAGGAGAUAGAACUGCCAAAGCUAUCUGCAACAAUGUUAAAUUGACUGAAAAGGGAACUGUUUUCCCACAAUGUUAAAUUGGCCUUCACAUGUGGAAUAAUAGAUAUACUAUAUAUAUAAAUGUGUGUCAAUAGUAGAAUCAUAGAUUAUUUGUUUACAGAUAUGGAGAAAUGAAGAAAUCAGUUUUAGGUGAGACAAUUGCUUCAUUUGUUGCGCUUGAGAUCCUUCAUUUCCCCUUACUGUCUUAUGAUUUGCUAAUUAUUUCAGGUUUACAUGGGAUUAGAAGUGCUUGGAGGACUCACUUACAAAGCUACUGAGAUUGUUUCUCAUUACAAUGACUAGGCUGAUUCUGUAAAUUAGUACUAUAUUUGAAGAACAACAAAACGUCUUAUUUAGAAAUAUAGACAAGGCAGAUUGUUUAUUUGAUAGGGGAUAUACUGUAAUAACAUUGUUGUAAAAUCUAAUUACGUAUAUCUGUCUGUCUUAUGAAUAAAAUUAAAUUCCUA